UCUCUCUCUCUUUUUCUUUCUCUUCCUCUCUCUCUCUCUCUUUUUCUUCCUCUCUCUUUUUGUUUCUCUCUCUCUCUUUCUCUCUCUCUCUCUAUUCCUCACUUGUUCAAAUAGAGGCAUAAGACAGGAAAUCUAUGUCAUCGCACGUCACAAAGACUUUACUUUGUAAAUCUUAGGAUCGAAGGAUUUUUGAGGAAAAGAGUCUUAAGUCUUUGGACGGAGAGAGAACCUGGGCGGAGAGAAGGAACGUUAAAUAUUUCCAUCGACGAGGAAAUAUUUUCUUCGAGCGAGUUUGUCGAAUAGCUGAAAGCGACCGAGAUAUACUUGUAGGAAUGAUCGUAACGAUACUUCAAUAAGAAAAGCGUCUCUUCGAUCGAAGAAACGGAAAUAAGAACGGUGUAUAUGUGUGCGUGAGUGUCCGUAGAAGAAAAGUGUUGAAGGUCAAGAGAGAGAGAGAAAGAUAAAGAUCGGUCAAUCAGGAUGCACACGCUGUUCGGGGAACAAAAUGCUUACUAUCGUCACGCGAGCGCCGUACCUGUGGGUAUGGGCACGGCAUCCUAUCCAGGCGUGGGUGUGGGUGUGGGCGCUGCCCCGGGCUACUACGAGCAAUAUCGUUACGGUGGAUAUGCGACGGCCGCUGGUUAUCCUGUCUCCGGGAUAACGCAGCAACACAUACACCAUCCUGGUAAGGACAUGGUGAAGCCACCUUAUUCUUACAUAGCUUUAAUCGCUAUGGCGAUUCAAAAUGCACCAGACAAGAAGAUCACUCUAAACGGGAUCUAUCAGUUUAUAAUGGAACGUUUCCCGUAUUACCGCGAGAACAAACAAGGCUGGCAGAAUUCAAUCAGGCAUAAUCUUAGCUUGAACGAGUGUUUCGUAAAGGUGCCGCGAGACGAUAAGAAACCUGGCAAGGGUAGUUAUUGGUCCCUCGAUCCGGACAGUUACAAUAUGUUCGACAACGGUUCCUACCUAAGACGUCGUAGGAGAUUUAAAAAGAAGGACGCUUUGAAAGAGAAGGAGGAGGCGUUAAAGAGGCAAGGUCUUUUGACGGAGAAACGAGGACAACAGCAACAGCAACAGCAAGAUGACGUGAAGUCAAACAGCGGUGCUAUUGUAAACCUCGCGCCGUCGAUAGAAGCGACGACGGUAAAAAAGGUUGGCGGCGGUGGUAACGGCGGUAGUGGAGGUGGUGGUGGUGGUGGUGGUGCUAGUGCCGGUGGUGUUGGUAGUGUUAUCGGUGGUGUUGCGGGUGUCAUGGAGGGUGGUACUGUGACGACAACGGCGAGUACGACUACGACUGGGCUGUGCAAACCAAAGAGAGAACCGGUGAACGAUCACUGCAUGGCCGUGCAGAGCAAAUAUGGUCUGCUUCAUAGUCCGAUUCAACAAGAGACGAAGACAACGGUAACAGGCGUGGUAGUGGCAAGCGUACCAUCGCACACAGCAGUUAGCGGAGGUCAAAGCGUGAUUCAAACGGCUCUUGGGAACCAAGUACAUCAGGGUCAUCAUCAGGUUCAUCAGGAGACAACGAUUCAAGACGUCUCAAUGGUCGGCCUCGAUCCUGGUGCUUUUAGCGUUGAUGCUCUGAUGACGAACCGAGACAACGCUUUGAUGAAUAAUCGGAGUGAUCAAACCACCGGUCAACAUCCGCAUGCUCACGCUCACGCCCUUCAACAUCCUCACGGUGCCCAUUCGCACUCUCACCCGCACUCGCAUUCGCACUCGCACGCCCACUCAUCGGCGUGCACAACGACGACCAGCACGACCGCUGCGGUUGCCGCCAUGAUGGCAUCCACCGGAUACGCCCCUCACGGUAGCGCCGUAGCGAGAGGAAACUCAUCGCCACCCGGUACCGGCAUGUACGCGCCCUAUUGCGCGCCUACGCCUGGCUACAUCAUGGAUCAUGCUGAUUACAACUCGAGAAAUCAUGGAAACGCUGCUGCCGCGGCUGCAGCAGCCGCUGCUGCGGCCGCAGCCGCACACACGCAGUGGUAUCAAGAAGCUGCUAGUCCCGACGCUGCACCCAUUUAUCAGGACACUCAGUCGCCGAGCUGUCAACUUUACAGAUCUAGCCCAUCGACUCCUCUUUCGACGGGUGCAGCACCUUCUCCGCCGCUUUACCAUAGAUAUUAUCAAGACUGCAACGCCGUUAAUAGCAGUGGCAAUUUACCGAUAACGCUGCAGAAAUACUGAGAAUACCGAAAUUCAAGGCCCCAUCAGCGAGGCCUUGAAGAACAUCAGAACGAGUAUGAUCCCGGUCUGGUUUAUGUCAAGCAAGAGUGGAUACCAAUGACGGAGGAGCUCGCCAAAGAUUGGAACUGAAGAUGGGAUCUAAAUUAUCGUCGUGAAAAAAAGUCGGGUAAAAUGAUAUAUAUUCCGUCUUGUUACGAUAUUAAAUAUUUUCGCGUUGUCCUUUAUAACGAGGAAUCUCUCUCUCUUUUCGAGAGAAAAGAAAAAAAGAAAUUGAGAAAUAGCCACCGAAUUUCAUUAAUAUAAUAAUACUUACGUUUUUAUCAACGAACAGGUGGUCUGCGAAUUAAUCAAAUAAGAAAACUCUCUUACGUAUCGAUUAUGCUUCCUUCCUUAUUUUUUUUCUUCUUCUUCCUCUUUUUUUCUUUUAUUUUUCUUUGCUUUUGUUUUUUUACUUGAACGAUUCCUACAUCCAAGCUUUGACUCAUUCGUAAUAAUCGUUAUCCUUGAAUUGUUGUUACACUUCGUACAAUAUCGUUGAUUUCAAAGUAGAUAUAUAAUAAGUAAAUAAAUAGAUACAUCGAUAUCUACUAUCCGAUUUGCGGUUCAUCUGUCAAGAUAUUCUUCCAUGUUUUCGUCGAAAAUGUUUCUAAGUUAAUUUGGCGUAUGCUAAAUUAAUUUUAGCUAAUUUGCUUUCUGUUAAUGGAAAGCAUCGAUGGGAUAUGUUAUCCUGAUUUUUAAAGUCUACGGACGAUAAUUAUACGAAGAGCACAGUGUCUCAUUCUUCACGAUCUUGUUACACAAACGAAAAGUUGUGAAAAGAUAGAUAGACAGAUAGAUAGAGAGAAAGAGAAAGAGAAAGAGAGAGAGAAAGAGAGAGAGAGAGAGAGAGAGAGAGAGAGAGAGAGAAAGAGAGAGAGAGAGAGAGAGAAAGAAAGAGGAAGAUUUAGUGAAAUAAAAACGGCGCUCAUAAAUUUGGAACUCACCUGAGCAAACAUUCGUCAUUCGGUAGGCACGCUGUCGCUGACCUAGGACAAUUGUUUCGUCGAAAAGACGUCUUGUUUUUUUCACAAGCAAGUUCAAUGCUAAGGAUUUUCAAGCAACUGUGCAAACGUUUCGGUAAAAAUUCGCAUGCGACGGACGAAAAAUAUUGGCGUGGCUCUGUUUGCCGUUUGUCUGCUUACUUCCGAAAAAAGCUUCAGCCGAGAACGGAUCAAUGUCAUCGCAUUGAAUCUUUCUAAUCUUCGGAAAUAAUUCUAUUCGAUUUCGAGUUAAAGGUAUCGGUAUCGAGCCGCCAUUAACGUAUCGUUAAUAACUAAUAUAUAGAUGCGAGAAUUAAUAAUGACAAAAUGACAGAUUUAUACAAAAUUUCAGGAAAUAGAUUUUCUA